CUUGACUUACAUUCAUAAAAUCAAACCAAGAACGUAAUGUCAGUUUCACUAAUAGCUUAAAGUCCUUCUUCACUCCUCCUCUUAUGGCCUUCAUUCAUGUUCCCCCCUCUUCUUUCGCUUGGAAUGGGUCUAUCAUCACGAUAUCCAGAGGAUCGAUAUUCAGAAAGUCUGGAAUAUUAUUUUAUAUUUUUACCACUCUUCGCUUUUCCAUCGAUUCCUCUUCUUCGUGCUCUUGCAAUAACUCACCUUCUGGUACACUUUAUCACUCGAGAGCUGUCUUUCCUAGAUCAUAACUCCUCCUGGAGAAUAAGUACGGCUCCUCUGUUAUUGCGAGAGCAUCCAUCUCCUCUUCUUCGCGGUUUCAGCCCUGCCAGAAAGUCGCUCAGUCUCGUGGCUACGGUUGUGGUCUUGUCACCUUUCUUUCUAGAGGCCAUAAACAGGGAAACGAGAAGAGGAAGAAGAAGAAGAAAGAAGAAGCAUAAAUAUAGAGAGAACAGCUGGCUUGGGGAGGACAUCUCUCAUCUCACCGCAGGGACUUCCAGGAUAAUGGGAAGGGCGCCGUACAUCACCAACAUGGCUGGAGGGCUGUAG